AUGGAGCCUGAGAUCCUGCUCUGCUUCCUCCCAGGUGCCCUGCCCAAAAUGACCCUCAGGGACAAGCCAGGCCCUGUGGUCCCCCGGAGACAGCCUGUGACCGUGUGCCUGGGCCCAGCUGUAGCUAACAUAUGCCGCCUGGAGAAGGAUGGAAGAACUGUAAGCCGUUAUCAGAACCCGGUGCCUCUAGAUGAUUCACAGGGGACAGAGGACAGAUUCCUCUUCCCCGCGGUGACUGAAGAAACUGCAGGGAAUUACCGCUGCUUCUGUUUCACCCGGUUCGGCAGGUUUGAGCUCAGGGAGCCCCUGGAGCUGAAGGUGGCAGAGGAGGCCGUCUCCACUCUGCCCUCAGCUUGGGCUGAGAUCUUCUACCUGGAGAAGGAUGGAAGGCGCGUCUACCUUUAUCACAAAAGUGAGCCUCAAGGUGGUUUGCCUGUGACAGAGGCCAGAUUCCACAUCCCUGCAGUGAGUGAUGUUACUGCAGGGAGUUACCGCUGCCUCUAUGAAAAUGUGUAUGAGGUCCGGUCUGAGCGCAGUGAGCCCCUGCAGCUGCAGGUGACAGAGGAGGACGCCUCCACUCCACCCUCAGGCCCCGCCUCCCGGGAUUACACAGUGGAGAACAGCAUCCGCUUGGGCCUGGCGGGCGUGGUCUUGCUGAUCCUGGUGGCGAUUCUGGUGGAAGCUGGGCACAGCCAGCGCAGGACCCCACAGGGACCACAGGAGUAA